GCCUGUGUUGACCCGGUAAUGGACCAUCCUCCAGUGUCGACGGGUCGGGGUUACCGGUGUUCAUCAUGGCGUUCUGGAGCGGUUCCCUCCUGUUCAGACUGGCUGGAGAUAACGUUUUACGGAGCUCCGGGAGAUGUGGCAGCAGGUGGCCUCACAGCCUCCAACAAAGAUGUGGCUUCAGAAAAGCCAGUAAGAAACCAGAACCCAAGAAGGUGCUAGAGGAGGAGGCGUCCCCCCACGUGGAGAGCUCUGAGGCUGCCCUCAACCGACAGACCACUACCCCACAAUGGAAUCAGCGGGCUCCGUCCGGCUCCCCGCGGGCCCUCAGUCGUCUCAUCAGACCGUUUGUCUUUACCAUAGGGUUUACAGGCUGCUCCUUUGGCUCUGCAGCCAUCUGGCAGUAUGAGUCUCUCAAGUCCCGGGUCCAGAGCUACUUUGACGACAUGAGAGCGGACUGGCUGGACAAACUGCGACCUCAGAAGCGAGGGGACAUUCGCAAAGAGAUCAACCAGUGGUGGAACAAACUGACCGAGGGUCAGAAGACAGUCUCAGGUAUCAUCGCUGCUAACGUGAUAGUGUUCUGCUGUUGGCGAGUUCCAUCUCUGCAGAGAUUCAUGAUUAAAUACUUCACCGCCAACCCUGCCUCCAAGACUCUUUGCUCCCCGAUGCUUCUUUCUACCUUCAGUCACUUCUCCUUCCUCCACAUGGCUGCUAACAUGUACGUCUUGUGGAGCUUCUCCACCAGCGCAGUCACCAUGCUGGGCAGAGAGCAAUUCAUGGCUGUUUACCUGUCUGCAGGAGUUGUUUCCACAUUUGUCAGCUACGUGAGUAAGAUGGUCACAGGGAGGUUCGGCCCGUCUCUUGGAGCGUCUGGAGCCAUCAUGACCGUCCUGGCUGCUGUUUGUACCAAAAUGCCAGAGGCCAAACUGGCCAUCAUCUUCCUCCCCAUGUUCACCUUCAGCGCUGCCAAUGCUCUCAAGGCCAUUGUCGCCAUGGAUACAGCAGGUCUGGUGCUGGGAUGGAAGUUUUUCGACCAUGCUGCUCAUUUAGGUGGAGCCAUGUUUGGAAUCUGGUACGUACUGUUUGGACAUGAGCUGAUGUGGAAAAAUCGAGAACCUUUUGUUAAAUUUUGGCACAACCUGAGAACUCGAGGAGGACCAGGCAGAGGAGGAGAUCAGGGAGGCUCUGCGUAAGGAUCGAAGAUAAAACAGAGUUGCUUAACUUCACAUCAAACCCGGGGUCCAUGCACCAUUUGGCUCCCGCACCUGGCAGGUGGGAGAGACAGAGGCACAGCCCCACCUGAAACACUGAUUCACAUCUAUAGGAACUGAUGAAGGACUCAGUGUUCUUUCAUCUGCUUGAAUUUCAAUCUCGUGGCCUGUAGAACAGACAGGGUCUGUAACUCAGCCCAGUGUCACCAGUAUCCCCAAACUGGAACCAGAACAUGUUUUGUCUGCAGCCACGUGAAGCCCUAAUGAGCCGAACAGUUUUAGAGACACGUGAAGCUCUGAAUGAGGCCAGCAUUGUGCUUCUCUGGUCCGACACUGACGUCUCGCACUGAGUCGUUACUGUAAAAUAUUUACCUUCUGCUUAUUUAUGUUUGCUCAUUUUCUUUAUUAAUAAAUCUUUUACUGAAUCUAAA